AUGUCUGAGCAUUCGGAAUUCGUAGCCGGAAGUGGCGUUGGCAGGAGCCAAGAUGAAGUCGGUGGAUCUUCCUCAGUGACUUUGUCUCCUUCACAAUCGCAGUCGCAGCUGCAAACACAGCCAGAAACCGAAUCUUCAAGAGCUGAUGAUGUGGAAACAGGGACAACUUCGUCGUCUUCUAGACUGCACCAGAUGAAUGGGCAGUUCCAACAACAUUUGAACUUUGUUGCCCGAAAGUUCAAUAUAUUAGAUAGACUGUUUAGAGGCGGCAGUUCAAGCGAGCAAGCGAUGAGGUUACAAGUCGGGGCGAGUUCUGAUGGUGUAUUCAGUAAUCUUAUGGCGAAACCUGAAAGGAACGGUAUCAAUGGGAAUGGGGAACAGGAUAAGCCUCCUACGUAUGACGAGGCUGCGGCUGAUAUGGCUCCACCAUAUUACGGUAUAGACGACGAUGGCGUUGGAUUGUAUUACAACGAAAUUUGCAUCGACGGCCUUCCAGUUGGGAAUAUAUUCAAUUUCUUAUGGAACGUUGUGGUCAGCUUCAGUUUCCAAUUUGUCGGGUUCUUGUUGACCUAUAUCUUACAUACAUCACAUGCAGCUAGGCAAGGGUCCAGGUUUGGACUUGGGGUAACUUUCAUUGGAUACGGAUAUUCCAUGAUACCGAACGAUGUUUCAGGAAAGAUAGGAAAGGAUAAUGAAUUGAACAGGUUUACAUUUGAUAAUCCAGAUUCGUUUGAAGAGAUUCGUCUAUAUACAAGUACUUCUACUCAGGAUGAAUUCGAAUCGGACCUUUCUCAUGGAGUAAUGGAAAAGACGCGGCACACACCGGCAUUGGCCAUAUUCGUUAUACUGUUAGGUGGGUUCAUAAUAAUCAAGAGUAUCUGGGAUUACAUUAAGGUCAAACGCAUGGAGGCACGCUUCUUGCAAGAUGCAACAGCAACAGCAGAAGUUUAA